UACACAUGGUUAUAUGUCUUCUUUCAAUUAUUUUAGUUAUUCAGGAAAACGCGUUGUCGGUCUGAAUAAUCAGUAAAUUGAGUUUUAUUUGAUCAAUAGCACUGUUUAGUUAUAUGGUCAGACCCACAAAAGUUGCAGACAUAUAUGUUGAAGCCAUACUUGUUAAAAUUGUCACAGUGUGAAAUGUACACGUCAAUUAAAUUGUUCUUUACAAAAUCACAGUUUGAUACAUUUGUAUUGUAUACUGUAAGUUAGGUUCGUCUUAUCUAAAAUCUGUUAUAUGGUUGCGCUUCCUUGUCAAUCAGACGGAUGUUGUUACAUAACGCUUAUUGUAUAGAGUCAUUUCCAAUAAGUGGUUUAUAUCAUUUACUGUAGAAUGUACAUACUGUAAAUACUGAUUGUGUAAAUGCCAGUCAGUCUCCAUUAAUGUACUUUACGAUUACACGGUACGCGAUACCGCCGAGGCUAUACACCAGCCAGACACCCACACGUCUGUGUAUACGAUCAAUACGCCGUACAGCUAGCUACAUUGCCGGGUCAUGUGAUCCACUGUUCAUUCAUAAAACUGCCAGAAGUGAGCUCCACACUGAGUUAUUCGUCACUCGUGCUGUUGAUGUCUGCUGUAUUACGCACGUAACUCUUUCCCAAGUGUGACCGGGCAAUUAAUGUAUGGAUAUAAAAGUUGUUGUACUACAUCUACUGUAUGUGGUUGGUCAUGUAGUGUCUGUGCCGCCGAGGCAGUGUCCUGACACGUCUGUGUGGAGUGCUGACCUUCACGGGUGUGUUCCCUGUGAGCUCCUGUGUGGACAUACGGAUAAAGGCACCUGCCCAGAGGGAUGUUGGAACAAAGAUGUUGUCGGAUCACGCCAGAAGUCCCAGCGCGUAGGUCAAAGUGGACGCGGAAGAUAUAAACGCGAUGAUGGCGACUGUGAAGACUUCUACUACUACGACAACGCUAUCCACCGAUGUACACCGUGUGACCACUUGUGUGAUCACCACGACUACCAAGGAACUACACAACGUUGCAUGGAGAAAUGUCCAGAUUACUAUGCAAGGAUGGAAGCUACGACCAGUUCAAAAGAGGAAAGAUCAACAACGGAUAUUAGUUCUGACGAUUCCAAAGCAGACGCUACCUUAACUGUAGUAUUAAUCAGUUUGCUGUUAGUGUUAGCUCUGUCUGUUGGAAUAAUUGUUUGGAAGCGAAAUCAAAUUUGGCAGUUCCUGGAGAGUCUGUGCGUCACCGAGGAGGAGAAAACCUCUGUACCCUGCUCUGAGGAAGAGGGUAUCUGCGAGUUCACCAGUUCCAAAACCCCUUUAACCCACUCCCUUGGACCAAUAUGUCAGCCGGAGACCGAAGCUCGUCAUGAGAACACAGCAGACAGGUAUCCGUACAUUGAGAAGUUUGCUGAGAUUGACCUACGGUAUGCAGUGUUGGAUGAACCCCUCACAAGCCACGCUACCACCCCCAAGGAAACCUAUUCCUCGGAUCACUCCACUCUGACAUCCUUCUCCAACCAUUCGACCAUCCCCAAGCAAACCUAUUCCACUGAUGACACCAAUUGCAAUCUGAGUACCUACACCAGUCACUCGACAAUCCCCAAAGUUGUUGAUGCUGCUGAGCACUGAUGAAACACACUCGUGGGUGUACCAAGGAAAUCACAGGGACGUCAGUCAUGUAAUCUAACGGAAAA